UUGACUCUGAUUUAGAAAAAUCUCAUUUUAAUUAUCUGAGAAACAACGAUAGUGACCUCAAAUAAAUAAGUAAAUAAAGUCAAAGACCGCCAUGGUAUCACAGGGGACAUCGGCAGGCCUUAGCCAAAGGGCACCAGACAGCGGCUGGGGCUGGUUGGUCUUGUUUGGCACCAUUCUUGUCAACAUACUCGUUAUUGGACACAGUAAAAGCUGUGGAGUUUAUUUUCAAAGUUUGAUGCAAGAAUUAGGUGCCUCGCCGUCGGACGUAGCCUGGAUACACUCUCUACAAUUCUCGAUGUUCAGCUUCCUGGGUAUCUCUUUGACACUUACGUUCACUCCGGGCAUCACAAUGAUAGCACAAUAUUUUCAUCAUAGACGAGGUCUUGCAAAUGGAUUGAUGAUGGCCGGCAAUGCCUUUGGAGGCAUAGUGAUGCCAUUUUUAGCUCAACAACUUUUGCAUGAAUACAGCCUGCAAGGCUGUUUUCUUAUCAUGGGUGCUUUGUUACUCAACUCUUGUGUUGGAGUCAUGUUGUGGCAGCCUAUAGAAUGGCAUCAAAAAAAGAACCACAUACAAAUCACCGUUACCCUCGAUACAAACGAAGAAACGUUCCUAUGCCAAGAACAAAUUAAAGACCAAUGUCAACCUCCGGAACAAAAUGGCAACUUCCAUUUUCAGAGCCCUGGUAGCACCGAGAAGGAAUGCGUGUCAAAAUGUUCAUUGAACUAUCAAUGUAAUCUUCUUCCUUUAAAUAGUUUAACGCCUGUGAACAUUAGUGUGCCUGAUUUGUUCUUAGAUAAUUCGCUUCAUGAGCAGUCGAAUUCAACUACUAGUUUACAUGUUGGUUCUGAUUAUUUAUCAAUUCCAAAUGAUAUGAUUCAAAAAGGUAGCUCAUUACCACAUUUGACCCAGACAUCAAAAUCAGAAGGUCAAAAUUUUUCAGCAUAUGGAAUAACAGAAUCUCUUCCGAACGUGUCUCACCAAUGUUCGAAGCCAUUGAAAAGUAGUUCUUUUCAACAACAAACAAGGUCAUCGUUCAUUUACGUGAGCUCAUACAGUUUAGGUCCGCCGGUAGGAGCAGUUCUCACAAAAGAACACUUGACGAGUUCCAUGUCCAUGAAUCUUAAUACAGAAUCUAAAUGUCCGAACGCAAAUCGAAUUUCACAGAAGUGGAUUUCUCUUUGUUUUCGUCACUUUGUGAUAGAUAAAUCAAUAUUUGAAAAGACCCAAUUUUAUAUGUUGACUGUUUCGUUAUUUUUUCAUGCACUUGGCUAUCCAGGUACUCAAAUUUUUCUUCCCUAUCGAGCAACAAAGUUGGGAUUUUCUAACGCUCAUUCUGCCUCCUUACUCUCAGCGUUGGCUUUAGCAGAUCUCAUCGGAAGAGUGUGUUGUGCAUGGAUAUCAGAUUUUUACUUCUGUCCAAGAAAGUAUUGGUUCAUUGGUGGCAUGUUUACUUCCGGCUUGCUUGCUUUGAGCUUGCCUUUCUACAAAUCAUAUACUACUCUUUUAAUGGGAAUAGCUGGAUUUGGAUUCUGUUGUGGUGCGUAUAUAGGGCUUGUUGUGGUGUUAUUUGCCGAUAUUUAUGCACCAGAUAAAGUAGCUUUGGCCUACAGCAUUUCAACAGUCAUUGGUGGAAUCAUGUCAUUGGCAGGACCACCUAUAAUUGGUUACGUCUUGGAAUGGACAGGAAGUUAUUUAUAUUGUCAGUUGAUUUUAGGCUUGGCUCAAUGUGCUGGAGCUACUGUCUGGUUAACCGAGCGCUGGAUUGAUCGGUAUUUACAGCGCAAACGCAAACUUGAAAAUCAGAAUAUUCCACCAGAAAGAGAAGUCCUUUUUUGAAGUUCCUUAGUCUUUAGAAGUAGCUUUUUAUGGAACAGGAGCGGAAAGAGUCAACAAGGGUGGAGUCAGAUUUAGAAAAAUACUGCACUCGGUGAAUAACGAUGUGUUGAGAAGUUUAGACUGUCAUCUGAUGUCUGGUGCAUUUGAUCACGUUUACUCUAUUCCAAAUACUGAAAAUUUUCAAAAACAGAAAGGAUCUUCUCCAUUUGACGUCUAUUUGUUCACCGUAACGAUAUAAGAAGUGCUACAUAACUCAAUUACAAGAAAUAUAAGGGGCAUUCAAAAUGAAACCUGGUCACUAGUCUAAAGUAACACUUACGAUUUUAUUAACUCAAAAAUAGUCGCCAAAACUGUUGACACAUUUAACCCAUUGCGACACUAGGCGGUCAAUUCCAUCUUUGAAGAAGCUAGUAGGUUGCAAUUGGAUCCAGGACUGUGUGUGAAUCACACACUUCGUCGUCCAUUGUGAUAUCCUCUAUAUCCGGUGUGUCGUCUGCGAAUAUCUUGUUUUAGAGGCCUAAAAACAUGAGAGUCACACAGUGAAAGGUCUGUAUAUGGUAAAAGGAUGCACGGUGGAUGUUCCAGAUCCAACUUUUCCCACCGAAACUACUGCAAUGUCGUCUUCACCGCAUUGGCCGCAUGUGGACAUCUUUGGACAACAUGCCUGACCGACUUAAUGGCUCGUCUAAGGCUCUGUAAAGUGGCUUGAAAACGCUGGGCAUUGAUGGUGGUUCCCCGUUUCAGGAACUCGAAAAGCAGUGGGCCGAGAGAGUGGGCCCCCGGCCUCUGAGUUUGUCCUUGUGGUCAAAAAAGGACAUGUUUCGUAGUGGACGAAAACUUGUUUAACCCACCUUCUCUUCGGCGUUAAACCACACUGUCACCGUUCAAUAUGAAACGUUGCGCAUGCAUCAGUCUCUCUACCUAUAGAUGGUGUCUCCAUACAUGCAGUUACGUGGCAUUGUCUUACGUCUAAUGUGAAGCUAGACGCAUUGACCUGGUUUCAUUUGAAUGAACCUUAUAUGUUAGUCCUCUCUGCGUGACAUGUAAAAUUGAAAAAUUCACAUCACUCCAACUUUGAAUUUGAACUCCUAUUCUGGAAAAAACUUUUAAAUAGAUAUUUUAUUUUUAUGAUGU